CAGACACGGUAACUUCGCCCCCGUUCGCCUCGUCUCCGCUAGGGCCACUCACCACUCUUUUGUGUAACGACUGGUGCGGUGGGAAAGUGCGUGCCUUGAAGGCAAGGCAGUGUAAAGGCAAGCUGGGCUAGCCAUGGUGAUGUUGUGGCUGUAAAGCUAAUUUCGUCGAUGAAGAUAUAACGUUUGUGUUGCAUCGCUGGUGUGUCUUGCUAACAUCGAUGUUAGCAACUAGCCUGUGCGUGUAAAUGCUAAUCACUAGAAUGGACCUGUUGAACUCUCAGUUCCUGGACAAGAUGAACAAUAACAUCGGGAGACUGCACUACGAAGAUGAGUCCAGGAAGCCCUCCCUGCCCACUGCUAUGUCCAACAUAACUGGGCCUCCUCCACACUGCCCAAGCAAACGGAAGUAUGGCGAAGAACAAAUGGACGACCGAAUCAACUGUGAUGAAGACCAUGUGACCAAAAUGAGCAGAUUGUUUGCCACACAGCUGGCCCGUCCCUCUGCUGGAGACAAUCGUAAUGACCACUGGGGCCUAGGUCACACUCCUGUGGAGCACAUUACUUCCUCCUCCAACGGUCUCCAUGGGAACCACCUGUAUGCUUCCAUGUCUAGCUAUGCUGUAGACCAGCCUCUGGCUUUGACCAAAAGCAGCCAUGACAUUAGAGGUGGGGCCAGAGAGAGGUCUACCGUGGGUGGGACUGCAGAUCGGCAGCAGAAUCGUCCCUCCGUUAUAACCUGUGCCCCUGCAAGCAACCGCAAUUGUAACCUCUCGCACUGCCACAUGAAUGGCUGUUCCCCCAGCCCACCUACUGAUCAGAUGAAGACCAAUGCUAACACAGAAUGCGAUCCCGUGAUUGAGGAGCACUUCCGUCGCAGCCUUGGAAAGAACUACAAAGAAGCGGAGCCUGUUUCCAACUCUGUGUCUAUCACCGGUUCAGUGGAUGAUCACUUUGCAAAGGCGCUGGGAGAUGCCUGGCUCCAAAUCAAGGCCAAGGAUGGGGGUCAUCAAAUCCCAGAGACAGAUCCAUGAAGCAGAGGGGAGUAAACAUUACUAUCACUUUCUUAGUGUUUGCAUAUUAACAGUGGAGAUUCCCCACUGCCAUUUCUUGCCAAGCAUCAACUUCCCUUAGCUAAGAACAAUGUACGACAUAUGGUGCUCACAUAGGCUGUUCCCUUGUGGACCUCGAGGUCAACUAUUUUAUUAGAACACUCUUUAUUGGCAACGUCUCUUUAUUGAAGAAGAGAAAAUAAAUACUGCAUAGUUAGGUUGACAAUGUUAGCUGUGGAAACUGUACAAUCAGAGAUUUUAUUUUGCAUUGAUAAUGAGAUUCAGAAAGUGGUCGGUUAGCAGCUGAUGAUCUGUUUUACCUGCCUUUCAACUGCCUUGAUAGCCAAAGAAAAUACCCUGCCUUUCCCAUCAACCUAUAAGCCAUAGAUCUGGUCUUUAUUGUUUUUCAUUCUAAAAUCCCUCUGCUUUUAAUCUAUAUUACUUGAAAAAGACAGCCAGGUCUCCUUUGCUCUUUUUUGUUUCUGACAGUUUAGGUAGCAGGUUACCUGUUUCAGUUGGAACUAAUGUGUUCACGAAUGCAUUUUGUGUUUUGAAAUUGUGAUAAUGCGUUUAAGGCUCUGGUCCCCCCCCCACCCCCCCUGCUUUCUGAAGACACUAGACUAAUGGGUCUUCUUUUUAUGAUCCUGAACUGGACUUAUCCACUGUUAACUGAAUUAUCUUAGAUUCCUGUCUAUAUGCUCACUGUGGCUGAUUACUUAGUAAACUAAUAUCAAUCAUAGUAGAUGUGUCUAACUAGAAAGCAUGUUUCAAAUAGCUGGUUUCUAUUACAAACCUUAUUCUAUACUAAAUAUUUACUCAGAAUUUAUUUUUUAUCUGUAACAUUUUAGAAAUACUCACUGCUGGUACAGUUGUACUCAAUAUAUUUUUUGUAUCUGGUUUUCAUUACUAUAUAUAGGUGUUUAUCUUUAGCACCCAUCUACAAAUUACAGCCUCUGGCAAGGUUGUCUGAACACAGUUUAAAAGGCUAAUAUUGCUUUGUUAUUCUCUGGACCUGGAUGCUACAUAGCUUUCUACAUGUCUGAAUACAGCUGAAUUUGAUCUUCGGUAGCAGUGUAUUAGCAGUGGCUUUAUUUAUUCUGAACAUAAGGAUAGUUUCAUGUUGACUUUCGGCAAAACAUGGUGACAACCGAAUUCUAACUUUGUUUCUAAAUUUCUUUCUUUCUAAUGAGAACAACAGAGGAUGUCUCCACUGUUUCAGUGACAAAGCAGUUGAUUUCCCUUAAAGCUUAAGAUCUAAUGCACAUACAGUAUGGGUGUCCUUAAUUCACGAGUAGGUAUCAACAUUCCACCAUGACUGUCUGACACAUCAGUCACUUCAGUUGUGUUUAGCAAGCACAACAAGUAUGACAAGUACAUUUUUCCUUUUUAAUUAAGGUGAUGUCAUGGUGUGAGCUGCCAAAGUCUUCCUUUUUUAUAAUGCAGGAAAGGUGUAAGUGGGUUACAAAAGUUUCUUCUUUUUUUUUUUUUUUUUAUGUGCAGUUGAGUUUUGUUAUUCCCCCACCGGCGGUAAUUUCUCACCCUCCUGAAAUUCUCUACUUAUAGUAGCGUAACCUAUUUGUCAACACUGUUUAAGAUAUGGUAUUGUAAAUUCAGAUUAUUAUUAUUUUUUUUGAAUGUCAAUUAACUGUAUGUGAAAACAUACAUUUGUAUUAAUAUUCUACAGUUUUCAAAUUGUUACAUACACUAUACUGUCUUUUAUAUUUUAUUUUACUCCUAUAAGACUAUCAUUGCGCCGUGCGGAAUGAUCAUAGAUAUUUUGUUUCUAUUCAGAUAAGUGUACUCAUAUGUAGCAUGGAUGCUCAUUACCUUGUAACCAUGCUUUUUUAUCUUUCUAAAAGUUGGUUAUUUUCCCACAAUUGUCAGAUGAUGAAUAAGUGCAGGAACACAAUGGUCUUUUGAUCAAAGAUUUUCUUGGUGCAGGGUCAAAGACUUCUGUACUAACCGUGUAAAGAGUUUGUUUAGCUUUCUGUGUGUACCAUAGUGGAAUGUAGGGAUUAUCAUAGAAUUUGCUUGUUUGACACAAGUAGAUCUUUCAGUAAUAUGUUUGGGGUAUUAGUCCAUUGUUAUUUAAUUUGCUAUAUUUAGACUACCUGUAUCGCAAACACUGUUUGCGGAAAGGUCCUGCUCCAGGUGUCAUCCACAUAGAAAAAAGUAAUAUUUGUUUACUUUUGUCCUUAUUUCUAUGGAAGAAAAUGCCACUGUUUUGUACUUACUUUCUUCCAAAUAAAUAUACAAAUGCCUACCUUUGCA